AUGGGCUACCAACCCAAGCACGGCGGCGGCUACAUGACCCGCCGCGCCAACUCCUUCAAGCGCUGCCCCGGCGGCGAGAUCGAGCUCCAGAUCAGCGGCUCCCCGCGCUCGCCGCGGACCGACGGACUGGGCAGCCCGCCCAAGGACGCGGCGGAGGCCUCCUCCUCCAGCGCCUCCCCCGGCGGCCUCCACCACCAGCAGCAGCUCCGGUUCCGCCUCUUCAAGCGCCCGGGCGCCGGCGGGGGCGCCGGCGACGUCGUGCUGGGGCUGGGGAUCCGGGAGAGGAGGAAGCUCGGGAACCUGCUCUUCUUCGCCUUCUGCGGCGUUUGCCUGCUUCUCGGCGUCGUCAAGAUCUGGGCCGGCGGCCGGUCAGCACUACCAGCUGGCGACGAUUUGCAGGAUCUUUCUGUUUCCUUCUCCAGUGAUAAAGGGCAUCAAGUUAACCACUUUGGAUACAUGGGGGCGAAAGAGAGUGACAGGAUGUUGAUGGCAGUGGAAUCUAGCAUUGGUGAAAGACAAAGCAGUGUGGCUGAGGCCUCUGAUGUCUGGUCCCAGCCAAGCAGUGAAAAUUUCAGACAGUGCAUUGUUUCAAACUCUCAUAAAAAGCAAGAUUCUCGCAGUAAUGGUUACAUUCUCAUAAACGCAAAUGGAGGUCUGAAUCAAAUGCGAUUUGGGAUAUGUGACAUGGUUGCUGUUGCUAAGAUUUUGAAGGCAACACUGGUUCUACCUUCACUUGAUCAUACAUCCUACUGGGCAGAUGACAGUGAAUUUAAGGAUCUUUUCAAUUGGAGACACUUCAUUGAAUCACUGAAAGAAGACAUUGAUAUUGUUGAAACACUACCUCCUGCAUACAAGCAUAUAGAGCCUCUGGCCAAAGCUCCGAUAUCCUGGUCAAAGGUGAAUUAUUACAGAGAUGAAAUACUCCCUCUCUUGAAGAAACACAGAGUCAUUUACUUUACACAUACAGAUUCUCGCUUAGCAAAUAAUGACCUUCCUAGUUAUAUUCAGAAGCUAAGAUGCCGAGUUAACUACAGAUCUUUGAAGUAUUCUCAUACGAUCGAAGAUCUUGGUGCUACCUUAGUUUCGAGGAUGCGCCAGGAUGGAAGCCCACAUCUUGCUCUUCAUCUAAGGUAUGAGAAGGAUAUGCUAGCUUUUACUGGUUGCAGCCAUGGCUUGACAUCGGAUGAGGAAGAGGAGUUACGUAAGAUGCGGUAUGAGGUCAGUCAUUGGAAAGAGAAAGACAUUAACGGAACCGAGAGAAGAAGUAUUGGUGGCUGUCCUUUGACUCCAAGGGAAACUUCACUCCUGUUGAAGGGAUUGGGUUUCACACGGGACACCAGAAUUUACUUAGUUGCAGGAGAAGCUUUUGGCAAUGGAAGCAUGCAAGCGCUGCUGGACGAUUUUCCCUAUAUCUAUUCUCAUUCUACCCUUGCAACAGAAGAGGAACUUGAGCCCUUCAAAAAUCAUCAAAACAUGCUUGCUGGUCUUGACUAUAUUGUAGCUCUCCAGAGUGAUGUCUUCAUGUACACAUACGAUGGAAAUAUGGCAAAAGCUGUGCAAGGCCAUAGGCGUUUCGAGGACUUCAGGAAGACAAUUAAUCCAGAUAGGAUGGAUUUUGUGAACCUGGUAGAUGAAUUUGAUGAAGGAAGGAUCCCUUGGGAGGAAUUCAGUUCAGAAGUGAAAAGGUUGCACAAAGAUAGAACAGGAGCUCCAUAUUUCAGGGAGCCUGGAGAGUUUCCGAAGCUGGAGGAGUCUUUCUUUGCAAACCCCUUGCCUGGCUGUAUAUGUGAGAAACAUAGUGAACAAUGA